ACAUGCAUCAAAUUUCUGGGAAAUUUUCCCUGUCCAUGCUGCCUCAUUCCUAAGGAGAAGAUUGCCAACCUUGGGAUGAAGCUGGAUAGACUAUGGUGUAAAAGGGAUGUGCGAUUGGACAACCAUGCAUGCAGGAGUACCAUUGAGAGAGUGUGUGAUUGGAUCUUUAUGAAAGGAUGCAACAUUGGCAGCACUGUGAUU